UGUCAAUCAAAGACUGUUCAUGUUCAGACAUGUAUCGAAGUUGCGUCAGUUUGUACUGAUCAUCGUGCUGAUCUGGUCCAAUUUCUCGCUGAUUUUUGUUCAUACUGUGUGCGUACAUCUUAAAAAACCACACCCAUACUGAUGUAUGAAUCAAAGACAACAGUAAAGGAUCUUUUUUUGUGGACAUGGACCAAGUGAUUUAUUGUUCUGCCUGGACAAUAUGUAGCGGUUGUCACCUAGUUUAAGAACUGCACCUUAAGAACUUUCAUACAAAAUCGGUCCUUCGAGCCGGAUUAGGCAGCUACUACAGCAACACCAAAAAGACAGGCUACCCCAGAUUCACCAGUGGUUCGACCACGUCGACAAGUCAUCCCACCAAGAUACUUAGAUGACUUCUAUGUUGAUUAUACUGUGCCACAUCAGCCACUUCAUUCUGAUGAUGAACAGUACACAAAGGGUGCCACUUGACCUGAACCAGAGAGUUAGUGAGAAGGUCGGAGGGGCAGAGGGAACUAAAUUAGAUGAAGACUUCAUGGAAAUGGAAAAGAAAGUUGAUGCCACCACAAGGGCGGUGUUGGACAUUAUGACCAAGACAACGGAGUACCUACAGCCCAAUCCAGCAACUCGUGCCAAAAUGAGUAUGAUGAGCUCCAUGUCUAAAAUCCGUGGUGGAGAUAAAGGUACUGGCUACACACAGACUGAAGUCAUCCUGGGAGAGUCCAUGCAAAAGUUUGGCAGGGAACUCGGGGAGGAAUCCAGCUUUGGUCUGGCUCUGAUCGAUGUUGGAGAAGCCAUGCGAGAGCUAGGUGACGUUAAAGAUGCUCUAGACAUGGAGGUCAAGCAAAACUUUAUUGAUCCCUUGCAGAAUAUGCAUGAUAAAGACUUAAAAGAAAUCCAGCAUCACCUGAAGAAGUUGGAAGGGCGACGGUUGGACUUUGACUAUAAGAAGAAAAGGCAAGGAAAAGUCACAGAAGAUGAGAUCAAACAGGCCUUGGAGAAGUUUGAUGACUCAAAGGAGGUUGCCGAACAAAGCAUGUUUAACCUUCUGGAGAGUGAUAUUGAACAAGUGAGUCAGAUUUCUGCUCUGGUCCAAGCUCAGGUGAACUACCACAGACAGGCCACAGAGAUCCUUCAGCAGCUGUCCAGCAAGUUAGAGGACAGAAUAAGAGAGGCUUCUAAUAAGCCAAGAAGAGAGUAUGUCCCCAAACCUCGCACUUCUAUCGAUUUCAGUGAGAACCACAAUGGGAACAUUGGGCACAGUGGCCCUUCCAGGUCACCAGCUCCAAUGGACCAGCCUUGCUGUCGGGCACUUUAUGAUUUCGACCCUGAAAAUGAGGGUGAGCUAGGCUUCAAGGAAGGUGACAUCAUCACCUUAAGCAGCAAGAUUGAUGACAACUGGUAUGAAGGAGGGAUCAAUGGGCAGUCUGGCUUCUUCCCUGUCAACUAUGUAGAUAUCCUGGUAGCUUUACCCCACUAAGUCUUAUGCAUGUACCCUAAUCAUGACCCAACCAAUCAAACCACUUCUUCUGCAAGAAGAGAAAAUAACCAAAACAAACCGCACAAACAGCUCUGUGGUGUUUGCGCAUAGGAAAUAAGCAACAGAAUCAUUUGAGUGCUCUUUCGUAAAUAUUAUUCCUGACUUGGAAUGCCACCACUUUGUUGUAUUCAUUUCUUUAAUUUUCUUGAGGUUGAUCUGACCUCUGCAUUGCCUGCUGCUAUUCCUCCUGUAUGUUCAGACGUUAUGUUCAUUUUUGCCUGUUUCCAUUUGCAAGCCUUGAAUUGGUCUCUUUAUCCAAACCCUUUUUAAAAAAUAUCUGCAAUAAAUGUAUUUUGGUUUUUAAGUUCUUAGCAUAAUGUAUUUAUGAAAAGUUAUUUGAAGAAUAAUGAUCAAGGUGAUGUGAAGUAUUAAACAUUUGAAGGAUUUUUUUCUUUGAAAUUGCAAUAGUUGCAAAUCAAAAUACAUAUUUCCUGUUCAUAGUGUGAAAUGUUCCAAUGUUUCUUUAAUGUCCUAAAAUAAAUUUUAGCCUUUAAGUGGUGGUAGAUUUGACUAUUUAAAUAGAUUAAUAUUUAGCAACAAAGACAAAAAAUGAGACAAGGAAAGUUAAGCAAAUCAUUUAUUUGUUGUGUUACAGUGUGUCGUUUAUCUGUCAUGUAACAUUCUAUAUGGUCCAUGAAUCCAGUGGGCAUUUUCAAGCUUUCAUAUCACAUUCCAUAGAUGGUAAACUGGUCACUAAAAGGCAACCCAAAAUUCUUUCGUGUGUGUGUGUAUUACUAUAGGCCUGAGUAUGUUAUCUGAACCCAUAAAACUCUGCAUAUCAUACAUUUUUCAUAUAUUUUUCUUUUCCUUUUGUAAAGG